AGCCCAACCCAGUCCUGAGAUUUCUGUGACACAGCUGGUCCUGCUCUUUUUCCAAGAUGCUGUUUUGGCACAGCCAGCCGGAGCACCUGUGGCCCAGCCCUGGGGAACUGUACCCCGGGCCACCAAGCAGCUUGCUCAGGGAGGCCUUGCCCUUGCCCUACCUGAAGCAGGAAGAGCUGCCCAACAUCCCCCGUGCGGAACCGCCCUGCCCCGCCUUCCAGUACGUGCUCUGUGCAGCUACCUCGCCAGCUGUGAAGCAGCAGGAGGAGACCCUCACCUACCUGAACCAGGGCCAGUCCUAUGAGGUGAGGAUGCUCUGCAACCCCAAACUGGGCGAUGCCACCCAGGGGCCCCGGCUGCUGAAGAGUGUGGUGCGUGUGGUUUUCCACGACCGGCGCCUGCAGUACACAGAGCAGCAGCAGCUGGAUGGGUGGAGGUGGAGCCGGCCUGGGGACCGCAUCCUGGACAUAGAUGUGCCACUGUCCGUGGGGGUGAUAGAACCCCAAGUGCUACCCUCACAACUCAACACGGUGGAGUUUUAUUGGGACCCGACCAAGAGGACCUCCCUCUUUCUGCAGGUUCACUGCAUCAGCACUGAGUUCACUCCCAGGAAAAAAGGUGGAGAGAAAGGCGUUCCCUUCCGCCUUCAGAUCGACACUUUCAAGCCCAGUGACAAGGAGCUUUCGCCGGAGCACCUGCAUUCAGCUGGCUGCCUCAUCAAGGUGUUUAAGCCCAAAGGAGCUGACCGGAAACUGAAAACUGACCGGGAGAAGAUUGAGAAACAGCCCGUGCAUGAGAGAGACAAGUAUCAGACCGCCUGUGAGAGCACAGUCUUCAUGGAGUGUUCACCGUGGCCAGAGCCCAGUUCGGGACCCCACCCACCUCUGAGCCCUCUUGCUCUGACCUCCCCCAACUCCUGCAAGCUCCUGGCCCCAGAGAGGCUCUGCUCCUCACCACCAUUCGCCUUGGACACCUUGGGGGGCAGCCCAGCUCAAGAUCUGAACCCUGGAGCCUCCAUCCUAGAGACACAGCAGUGGUUGCAUCGGCACCGGUUCUCCAACUACUGUCGGUCGCUGGCCAAUUUCACUGGCACUGAUCUGCUGAAGCUUACCCGCCAGGACCUUAUCCAGAUAUGUGGAGCUGCCGACGGGAUCCGCCUUUUCAAUACUCUAAGAGCCAGGCCCAUCCGUCACCGGCUGACCUUAUAUGUCGCUCAGGAGGCCUCCAGGCAAGAGAACGAGGUUCCUAAGAACCCUGACUCAGGCUUUUAUCAAGAGAUCUCUCUGGAUGAACUCAGUGCUGUAGAGCUCAUGGGGAAACUGGCUGAACUGCUGGCCCUCCCAGCCAAUCAGAUCCACCGGCUCUUCCACCAGGGCCCUGGGGGCAUCCUCAUUCUCCUCAGUGACCAGGUGGUUCAGAAUCUUGAGGAUGAGUCGUACUUUGUGGCUGUGGUGAAGAAAGUGCAGAAUCCAGAUGGCUACUACCUGGUUCUGACCUAGGCCCAGGGGUGCCCUGCUGCAAGAGGAGGAGACUGGUGCCAGCCUUGGUUCUCUGGGGUCCUGUGCUCACCAGAAGCCUGGUUAAAAAUCCUCACCUGCUUCACCAGGCUUCAGGUGAAGAGCCAAAUCGUCAUGUGUCCUGCCCCUGGGGAGGAGACAGGCAGCCCCCAGGCUCACACUUCUUUCUGCUCAACAGCAAGUUGUUGGAACCCCUGAGACACAGCCUUCCCUGCUGAGCUGAGCUGGCCAAGCCUGUGAGGCAAAACCCCUGGCAAUGUGGAUAAGGAGCUUUUGCCCCAAGCAGUGCUGCUGAACCGAGUGCAUUAAUUCAUGUUUAUUUAAAAUUUAAUUCAUCCCCUUUAAAAGUAAAGAUAUAUGUAUUCAGUGUGUUGUCCAAUUCUCUUGGUGUUAUGGUCCUCUUGGGGAUAUGUCCCCUGCUUAAACUUACAGACCAGGGCAAGGGACGGAGUCUGGGACAGAGAUAGAAAUAAAUAAAUCAGACUGGAUUCUUUUCCCAAUUAGUUUGGGCAAAAACUAAUCACUAAAGCCUCCAAAAGAUUAUUCAACUAUUAAAUCGCUCUGCUUAUUUAAAACUUCAGUUCUAGAGACUUGGGAAUUACUAUAGCUAUUCUUGAACAAUGAGGCUAUAGGGCUUUAUUAUUGUUUAUUUAAGAAAUGUAGUUGAAUUAAAAUUAAUCUUUUAAUUUUUAGGUCUUAACAAAUCUUUCCCUAUAUUAAGGUAAAUAUAAUUUC